AUGAGUACCAAGACUGAGACCAGUAGCAUCUGCAGCAGCGGACCUUCAACUAUAUCCGCCAUGUUGAGACUGACGACCCCAAGCAAGCAGGAAUUGAGCGACAUCGGCGCCUUCAUAACGCCGCCGGCAAAAGGAGGCAACUCGGCAGAUAUUGGACACUGGACAGUCACCGACACCCCCUCCGUCACUUCCGGUCUUGACGGAUCCUACACUGAGGUAUGCCGUAAGCCACUGGGCCGUUUCCUGUCGUUCGAUGUGAAGAGAAGCCUAUUCUCCAGCAAGCGUCUAGCUGAUGAGCCAGAUGAUACUCCGUCCACCAAGCGCCUUAGAAUAGCAGAGGUCGCCAAUAGCAGCAUGACUCUAAACACCUCUAGCGGCCACUGCGAUGAGAUUAAGUCGGUGGUAUACACACUGUCCACGGACCCGGAAGUGGUUGCGGACGGCUCCCGGACCUACACCAUCCCGACCGUCUCCGGCAAACACAAGGACCUAAAGGCCAUCUCACCCGAUACUAUGGACGAGGUGCUGCGUGGUUGCUAUGCCGACAAGAUCGGGCGCGUGACAGUUAUCGACUGCCGCUACCCGUACGAGUUCGAAGGCGGCCACAUCCGGGGAGCUGUGAAUCUAUUCACGCGCGACAUGGUGCGAGACUUUCUCCUCGCGCACGUGGUCGAUGACGCUACAUCCGGUCAACACGUGCUCGUCUUCCACUGCGAGUUCUCGUCCGAGAGGGGACCGAAAAUGUACCGUCACUUACGAAGCGAGGACCGGAGCCUCCACACGGACGUCUACCCGCGCCUAGCCUUCCCGGAAGUGUACCUGCUAGAGGGCGGAUACAAGGCUUUCUUUAAUAAACAUAUGGUCCAAUGCGAGCCCCAGCAAUACAAGCCUAUGUUGCACAAGGACCACGUGACUGAUCUGCGUCACUUCCGGGCCAAGUCCAAGUCCUGGACAGCGGGGGAACGCGCAAACCGACUUCGCCCCAGCUUGCGCUUCUAG